CAAACAUAGACUAAGUUCCCACUUUCCAUUUUGAUCAGUCCUACAAUUAAAUUUACACUUCCCCACAUUUCCUUAUUUGACAAAUUAUCUACAUUAAAACAGUGCAAAACAAUGUAAAACAGUGACAAACAGUGUCAAAACAAAGUCAAAACAGUAAAAUUUACCCCUAAUAAAUUUAUUUAUCAAAACUGUGUAAUUUACUAGGGGGUAGUGAGGUAGAAUAUAAAUCUAAAACACAGCUUCCGCCUAUUUCCCUUGGACUUAAAAGGCUCGGCUUAGAACAGUGCUUACAAAUAAUAUUUGCCCGCUUUAAAUUAUCUUGAUCAUGGUAGCUCGCAAUUUCUCGACGGAAUUCAGGUUGAGGGAAAUCUACUUUGACAUCAAGCUAGGGUUGGACUUGCAAACGAAUCGCAUCUGAACUGUGGAAAUCAAUGAAUAGCAUACAACAUCGCAUGCUUUCAAUACUUGUGGAUUCCGCGAAGAAAUCCAACCAAAAUUCACUAGGAUUCAUCAAUUCUUCAGUGAACUCAAAGAGGAGAAAUCGGGCCCCAAUUCCGCUGCCGCACAGAACGGUUCCGGAACCCAAAGGGCAAGACCUUGAUUUCGUGAAUGUGGCUCACAGUCACCUCACCCACUCCGACUGGGCGAACCUCGAAUCUAUAUCCUCCAUGUUGACGCCUUUCAGAGUAAAGCACGUUCUCCUGAAAACCCAAAAGGAUUACGUGCUUUCGCUAGAGUUUUUUAAUUGGGUAGGUCUCAAAGCCCCCAAAUUGCAUACACUAGAGUCCCGCUCCAUCGUUCUUCACGUCCUUACCAAACACAGGAAGUUUAAAUCGGCGGAAUCGGUCCUAAGAAAGCUUUUGGAAUCAUGCUCUUUAGACGUUGAUCUUCCGGCAAAGCUCUUCGAUUCCCUGAUAUAUUCAUAUAGAAUGUGCGAUUCUUCCCCGCGUGUUUUUGAUUCCCUGUUUAAAACCUAUGCACAUAUGAAGAAGUUUAGGAAUGCCACUGAUGUGUUCUGUAGUAUGAGGGAAUAUGGGUUUCUUCCCACUGUUGAGUCUUGCAAUGCUUAUAUUAGCUCGUUAAUGGGGUUGAACAGGGCAGAUAUUGCACUGUCAUUUUACAGGGAAAUGCAAAGGUCUAGGAUCUCCCCCAAUGUGUAUACUCUGAAUAUGGUUAUUGGCGCAUUUUGUAAAUCAGGGAAACUGGAAAAGGCUAUUGAAGUGUUUAAGGAAAUGGGGAACAAAAAUCUGAAACCUAACGUUGUGUCAUUUAACACUUUGAUAUCAGGUCACUGUAAUAGUGGUCUGCUCAGUGCCGCUAUGAAGCUAAAAACCACGAUGGAGAGGGGUGGGAUUAGCCCAAAUGAUGUUACUUUUGGUACACUGAUCCAUGUGUUAUGCAAGGAAGGGAAAAUGAACGAGGCUAAUAAGCUGUUUAAUGAGAUGAAAAGGAUUGGUGUGGCUCCAAGUGUUGUUACGUACAACACAUUAAUCAAUGGGUACAGCCAAACCGGUAAAAGUGAGAUGGCUAAUCAAGUUUAUGAAGAGAUGUGGGAUAAAGGAAUCAAAGCUGAUAUCUUGACUUAUAAUGCAUUGAUUUUGGGGUUUUGUAGGGAGAGCAAGACCAAGAAAGCUGCAUAUUUGGUGAAAGAACUUGAUAAGGCAGGGUUGGUUCCAAAUUCAUCUACAUUCUCUUCGCUAAUAAUUGGACAGUGUGUAAAGAAGAACUCUGAUCGUGCCUUUCAACUCCUUAAGAGUAUGGUUAGGGCUGGUUGUCACCCAAAUGAGUAUAUUUUGAGUGUUUUGGUUUCCACCUUCAUCAAGAAUGAUGAUUAUGAUGGAGUAAUACAAGUGCUGAAAGAAUUGCAAAUGAGAUCUUUUACUCUUGACUCAGUUAUCUUGACUGAGAUUCAUGAUGGGCUCUCUAAAUAUGGUAAAAAGGAAGAAGCUAGAAAGGUGUUUCAGGAGAUAGAAGCAAGAGGCCUUACGCCCAAAGGAUUUGACCGAACUAGAAUGAAUCUUUGGUGUAUGUAAGUCAAGUGCCAUCCAGUGCAUAUUUUCACUUGCAAGGCUCUCCAGUUCAAAUUCAUAACAUGAAUGAUCCUUCUGGAUUUUUUAUAGUAGUCUUUCAGAUAGCUCCAUGAUUAUUGGGUUGUAGCAUUGUCUCACCAUUGCAAUUAUCGCUCAACCGUAAUUUGACAUUAUAACCACAGACAAAGCGAAGUUGGCUGAACAAUUGCCAACCUUGAAGUUGUCAACAUUGUUACCAAUGAGGUACUUUUUCAAUUGCUCUAAAUUACUGGCAUCCUCAUGAAACCUUGGUUGAACCACCACUGUUCACUCAAUUGAGUGGUUACAAGUAUUAAUCCCUCUCAGGUAAAUACCUCGAGAUAUAGGGGUUGACUUCCCAGCCUGGUUUAUCUUGACUUGAAUGUAUUCAUCAAUUGGAGGGCUAUGCUCAAUCGACCGCAUCAUAUUGGUUUCCAAUUAUGAAAUAACGAGCUCGGACCUCGAGGGGGGGGGGGGGGGGGGGGGGGGGGGGAUGUUACGAGUGAGGAAGCAAGUAAUUGCUUCAAGUACAGGUCCAAGGUUAACUGACAAUUUCUCCUUGUGUUCCUCGUCACCAUAGUUGUGUGCAUCUUCCAAGAAGGUUGCUGCUGAUUAACUAACUCCUGCUGUGAAUCUGAGGACUCGGAUAGCGAUUGCGAACAGGGGAUUUACGCUCGCGUCGAAGCCAGAGGACCGGAAUAAGUUGCUUACGAACUCAGAAAAACAACUUGAGACGAAGAAAGUGAGAAUCAACUGGCGACGAAGAUGAAGAUUCUCAUCUCAAUCGCGUCUUUCUUGGGCGUGAGCUGACAGCCGGUGAGGAAGUCUGCGAACGAAGAGAAACUGUUCGCGACUGCGAUCUGUGAGAAGAAGUUCACGAUUGCCAACUAAGAGAAGCAGUUCGCCACUCCAUCUGCGGACUGGUGAGCGACUGCUACGAACUCCGUUUGUCAGAUCGCAGAUGAUGUUAUUUGGGUCAACGAACUCUGUUCCUCAAUCGGUUCUAGUUUUCACUACAAGGGUCGCGAGUCUCGCCUGUAUGUCCGCUAUAAUCACCAUAUUUUUCUGCAUAGUUUUCUCCAGCUUGCUUAAUUGUAAAUCCAUUUGAGCAGAAUAAAG